AUGCGUUGGGUGUCUGCUACUCCUUCCACUGCUACUGCUGCUGCUGCUGCUGCUGUUGAUGCUGAUGCUGAUGCUGUCAACACUGCACAGGCUCUUUCAUUGAUUUUUUUUUCAGCAGAAUAUGGCAUGGAAACGAAUGCCAUGACAUUACAGCGUUUCGUCCUUCGUGAUCAGCAGAAUCAUCCCACAGCAACCGGUGAUCUUACUAAUCUUUUGACAUCACUGCUCACUGCUAUUAAGGCAAUUUCAAGUGCCGUCCGAAAAGCAGGCAUUGUACAGUUGACAGGAUUAGCAGGCAAACAAAACAUACAAGGUGAAGAUGUCAAAAAAUUGGAUAUUAUUAGCAACGAAUAUAUGAUCAACAUGCUUGAGUCAUCGUACACUACAUGUGCAAUGAUUUCAGAGGAAAAUGAUGAGCUGAUCGAAGUAGCUCCUUCUAAACAGGGCAAGUACAUCGUAACAUUUGACCCACUCGAUGGAUCAUCAAACAUUGAUUGCCUAGCAUCAAUUGGAACAAUUUUCGGAAUCUACAAAAAGCAAUCAGAUAAUCCCGUUUCCCUAGCUGAUUUGCUACAAAGCGGACGAAAUAUGGUUGCAGCUGGUUAUGCUUUAUAUGGCUCCGCCACCAUGCUUGUUCUUUCAACCGGAAAUGGCGUUAAUGGCUUCACACUCGAUCCUAGUGUUGGUGAAUUUAUCCUAACAAAUCACCAAAUGAAAAUACCACAAAAAGGAAACAUCUAUAGUACCAAUGAAGGAUAUACAUCUAAAUGGUCCAAAGGUAUUCAAGAAUAUGUAAACACCAGAAAAUAUCCAUUGAAAGGUGAACCUAUGAAUGCGCGCUAUGUUGGAUCCAUGGUUUCAGAUAUACACCGUACUUUGCUUUAUGGUGGUAUUUUUAUGUAUCCUGCAAUGAAGGAUAAGCCAAUGGGAAAGCUCCGACUGCUUUACGAAGCGAUUCCAAUGUCAUAUAUCAUAGAACAAGCUGGUGGGAUGGCAACAAAUGGAAUUAAACCUAUACUUGAUAUUGUGCCAACAUCAAUUCACGACCGGAGUCCAGUAUUUCUCGGUUCUCCUGAUGAUGUACGAGAAGUUAUAGAUUUCAUCAAGAAAUAUGACUCAUCAGAAGCAUAA